CGCACAGGCACAGAAUGGGAGCAGCUGCUGCGGUGUCACCUGCUCCGAGUGCGCCCACUGCAGGUGUGAGAAGACGGACAGAGAGGUCUUACGGACAGCCGGUAUGAUGCCACAACUCCGGAGACUUACGAUGAUGCGCGGUACCAGAGCUCGCAUCUUACGUAAGAUCUGCAGGAACUGUCCGAAUCUCACAACUUUGCAGCUUCACGGCUGUCAGAAGAUGAACUACUCGCUCCUGAAGUACAUAUUUGAGAAGUGUCCGAAGAUAGAGAAGCUGAUAAUCGCCAACAACUUACUGGCCGACCGACAGUACGUGGAGUUGGUGUCGCGCCUGGAACACUUGCAGAGCCUGGAAGUGUUCGAGAAUCGAAGAGGUGUGGGGCCCGUGGUGCUGCGCUUCCUGGCAGACACCUGCUCGAAGUUGCGGGAGAUAAACCUCAGCUGUGACUACCACCCACUGGAGGACGUCGAGUACUUUGUGAAGGCCAAGAGCGACACACUCACUUCUGCCACCGUGCGCUGGACCAUGGCGGGGAAGAGAUGUGUGGUUCCCGUGCUGAAAGAGGCCACCAGCUCUCUCGAGAAACUGCAGCUGCGCCUCUUUGACGUGGCACCCAAGGAGGAGGCCGCGACGUUUGCAGAUCUCGGAGAGCUGCACAACCUGCGUGAACUGCACUGCAACCAGCUCUGCCCGCACCGGCCUCGCCUCAUCUCUCUCGCCUUCCAGCCCGGCUGCCUACCACUGCUGCAGAAGUUGGACCUGCCGCACGCCACCGACCUCCCGGAUGACGCGGUGGUCACCAUUUCUCGGGGGUGCCCGUCACUGCGCCACCUGAGCCUGACUUUUGCGACGAGUCUCACAGACGGAGCACUUGCCGAGAUCCACCGUCUUAAACACUUACAGAUACUGGAUCUUUCCGGAUGCAGUGGGCUGGGCGGAUCUGCCAUGGCGCACGUGGCGCAGCUGCCGGCCCUCCGCACGCUGCUCCUGCAGUACAGUGACGACCUGACAGAUCUGCAGCCGAGCCUACGGCACGUCCUGGACUUGAAGCAACUGCGCUGCCUCGAUAUCCUGUACAGCGGCCACAUCAGAGCUGUGCCAUUUGAAGAAUUUUCUGUCAGCCUCGUGAACCUCAGAGAACUACAUGUGACAUAUGAGGAAGAGGAUGAGGUUUUCUACAAAAAUGUUUUUGCUGAGAUGCAGAGUCAAAUGCCUCGGCUCAGGAUAAUUAAUACUUUCCGAUGGACAGCGAAUGACUUCCUAACAGAUUACGAAACGGAUGAUGAUGAUGACACCGACAUAGGGUACUGAGAAAUAAUUUUGGUUUUCAGACUGCAGAAUGUAACAUUGGAGCCCCUGGAUGAGUGAACUGUUUGAAAAGCAAGUAAAAGACAAAAUAUGGAUUUAUGAAAUUAUUGUAUAAGAGCCAAGAAAGUGUUGGCCGAAAUAAAAAUGCAAUUUUUCGUG